CACUAUCCAUACAAUCUCCACUUUCUGAUAAACAGUUAAACCAUACAAUUUUCCCUCUUCUUCAAGAAUCCACAAAAAAAAAAAAAAAAAAAAAAAAAAAAAAAAUUAACAGAAAAAACACACAUAUCAAAGAAAAAAAUGUCAGUAGCAUCAUCAUCUUCAUUCCCAUGCAUCAAAAUUCAAAACACAUCUUCCCCAAUUCCUUCUUCUUCCAAUAAUUUCAGUUUUUCUACUAAACUCACCAUAAGAAGUUCUCAGGCUGAUGGCCCUUUAAGAAGACCUAUGGCACAACCACCUACCCCUGUUAAACCUGUCCCACCAUCAUCACCACCACCACCUUCAUCUUCUCCUCCGCCUCCGCCGCCUAGUGCUCCGGCCAAGCAGGCUCUGGAUGACAAGAAUGUAAUUACAAUGGAGUUUCAGAGGCAAAAGGCUAAGGAGCUUCAACAAUAUUUCAAGCAGAAGAAGCUUGAGGAAGCUAAUCAAGGACCAUUCUUUGGUUUUAUUGCCAAGAAUGAAAUUUCCAAUGGCAGAUGGGCGAUGUUUGGUUUUGCUGUUGGGAUGUUAACAGAAUAUGCCACUGGUUCUGACUUUGUUGAUCAAGUUAAGAUCCUCCUCUCAAAUUUUGGGAUAGUAGACCUGGAAUGAGGUUCCUCCUUAUCACAAAAUGCUGCCAUAAAAUACUUUCUUUUGUAAUUUUAUGUAAAAGAAUCCAAUUGGUUUCUUUAAUUUUCUCACUUGAAUUUUCAAUUUUAUUUGUUUGAGCCCCUUCA